GCGAUAAAAAUCUUUUAAAUCGUUUAAAAAUUCUAUAAAAAUAUAUUUAUCAUGUAUUAAUAUAUCGUAAACGUAAAAGUGAUGAAAAAGGUGAAAAAACCCCACCAGGUGAAUGGGGGCAGAGCAACAACAGGCAGACACGAAGUGCACAUGUCAUGGAAGAAGCAGAAGCUAGCAGACAUCCAGCAGGCUUUGAACAGUGACCCUGUGGACAUUGAGACCCUGCGCAGUGCAGCUGUCAGCGAGGGAGGCUUGUUGACAAAUGAUGUGCGAAGAAAAGUUUGGCCCAAACUCCUCAACAUCAACGUGUUUGACCUUCCUGCCAAACCUGCUAAAGAUAUCAGAGAGAACCACAAAGACUACAACCAGGUGCUUCUCGAUGUCAGGCGCUCCAUGCGCCGAUUCCCUAGAGGGAUGCGCGCUGAUGAGAGGGAGGUGUUGCAGGAGCAGCUGAUUGACAUUAUCCUGGAUGUUCUCAGGAGAAACCCUCAGCUGCACUACUACCAGGGCUACCACGAUAUAGUGGUGACUUUCCUUUUGGUGGUGGGAGAGCGCAUGGCCAUAGCCAUGGUUGAGAAACUGUCCAAUCAUCACCUCAGGGACUUUAUGGACCCCACCAUGGACAGUACCAAACACAUCUUGAAUUACCUGAUGCCUAUUCUGGAGCGGGUCGACCCUGAGCUCCACGACUUCAUGCUGAGGGCCGAGGUCGGCACUAUCUUUGCCCUCAGUUGGCUGAUUACGUGGUAUGGCCACGUCCUUUCAGACUUCCGGCACGUUCUGCGACUCUAUGAUUUCUUCCUAGCCUCUCAUCCGCUCAUGGCCAUUUACUUUGCUGCUGUGAUUGUGUUGUAUCGGGAGCAUGAGGUAAAGAGCACGGAGUGUGACAUGGCCAGUGUUCAUCACCUGCUCUCUCAGAUUCCUCAGAACCUUCCGUACGAGCAGCUCAUCUUACACACACACCACCUCUUCACCCGCUACCCCCCCACCCAGCUCGCCUGCUCCGCCACACUGCAGUCCCGCAACAGCAUUGCCAUCAACUCCUUUCAAGACUUCCAGAUGUCCACUCAACAGCAGCGACCUGACUCCGUCCUGCGGCAGCAACGUCAGUAUCUCCACCAGCGUCAAGACCCCCGCCUCACUCUCAUACAGCCCCACAGCGCUCAGCCCAGUGGCACCCACCAGCUCAUCAGGAUGGCCGUGUGGGGAAUUUCAGCUACGCUUGGGGCGGCUGCACUGGCUGUCGCACAGACCGCCAUGGACUGGGCACCUGAGUUUCUUUUACAGCUGUUCUGACCUUGAUAGAGAGUGCCUAAAUAUGUGUGGGUUUGAUGUACCAAAAUCAGAUCGGAUUAUUAGUAAAUCUUUCACCAAAUUAUUUCCUAAAGAAAUAUAUAUGUGUUUUUUUUUAAACACACAUUUCCCCAAAAAGACGUUUAUUUUUAUUUUUUAUUUUUUGCUUUUUCGCAUUUCUACACUUUGCCAAGUUAGUAGAAUGAAAGGUGGCGGAUGGGUUUUUGUAAUGAUAAGCAUUUCUGAAGGCCUUUCCAUCAGCAAAAUGUCAGGGGGGAAAAGUGCGCUGAUGGCGAAUUCCAAACAGCAGCAGACGUGGAGAUUUUUAAACUCCCCUUUUUCCCCCUCCUUCCUCUCUCCACUGCUGAAGGACUUUGCGGUGGAGUGAAAGAAACAGCUCAUUGAGAUGUGGAGAGACGAGUGCGAGCAGGUGGGUUUCUUUGGUUUGUGGAGAAUAAAGAGCUCGGCCUGCAGUGAACGCAGCACUCGAGAAAACACACACAUGCGCACACACACACACACGUCCAUCUGCUACAUUUACAAAUCAAGCCACUCAUCAAUCAUGCUCAAGCAAGAACCACUUGGAGGAGGUUUCAAAGCCUAAAAAAACAACUUUAGGAAAGGCUCUGUAACUUCCCCAUUGUAAUUACUGGUGUCUUCACCAUGUAAAACUCAUUGAAUCCUAGGCAAAGAGAAAUGUAUGACCCGUGCCGCUGCACCAUCUCUAAAAUGUUGAGCUCCCCUUAAUUUUCUUAGACGAUUACCUGCCUUCAGUUCCCCUCUGGCCUUUCUGAGAUUUUAACGAGACAUUUCCAACACACACUUACUUACAGGAGAAUAUAAAUCCGUCCAAAGAGAUUAAGCAUCUUGCCUUUUUUCUGGCCUCGUACGCGCACUUUAUUGUCUCUGUCAUAAACACGGAGGCGAAGAGUCUGACGAGGCGAGCCUGAAUUACAGUGCUGAACGCAGCCUGAAGCACCGGAUGCUCUUGUCUAUUAGUGCCAUGGUGAGAGAGCUUUGGAGCAGCUGUUUAUCUGCAAGACAGCUCUAUGAGAAGCUCAUCCUGUAAAUUCCACCGCCAAAAAUGUGAAAAAGUUUUACUCCUGGAAACACGGUCUUUGUUUCCCACUUUGUUCAGCUUGGGUUAAUUAUAUGCCCAGCUAGAAAUGCCCAAAUCGUCUUCUUUUAAUGUGAAUUUAAUUCAGCUCUCAUGGAUGUUGGCAAGGGCUUUCUUUGGGCUUUUCUUUUUUUUUUUUAAAUCUUUUGUGCCAAAUGCCUGAUCACGAAGUGGAUAAAAUGUGAAUAUCAGGAUGUGCACGUGCACCUGUAGAACCAUGAGGGAAAAGAAAACGAACAUUUGGAUUCGUUACGAACAGUAAUCAAGCAACAGAAACACAAUCAAUUUUAUGAUUAUUGCAGAUGUAGAGGGCAAUCUGAGGGAACACACACUUCAUAAUCUAUAAUUUGUUGAGGAUAUUUCUUACACAGAUCUAGUUAUUACUGUUUACCCUCUACCUAAUUAGUGGUUUAAUGAUGGAUGGAGUAGUUCUCUUGGUGUACUUUGGGAAUAAGGUGCAGACUGCAUUCUGUACUAGUACAUGUAUAAAGCUGUUGGAUGUUACUGCCACUGAAUUCUGGGGGGGAAAACAACAAAAAAAUACAAAUCCUCAAGAUUUCACAGACAUGGAAAAUGUUUUUAUGUACAAUUUAAUCAUUCUGCAGAGAUCAUGUUUGAGAAGAGAGAGAUUAAGAAACGGCAUUUAAAAAAAAAUCUGCCUAAAGACAUUUAAAUCUUCACUAGAUAAGUCUGAUUUCUUCAGUGUGAGACCAUUAGACUUUGAUCAAAUUGUUGGAUUAAGUUUAGCAUCAGAUAUGGACUGUCAACAUGUCCACAAUGCUCCUCCACUGCACUCUUUUCAAUGCAGUUUUUGUUCUUUUUAUACUUUUUCAACAGUUUUUAAAAUGCUGGAAUGUGAGGCACAUUUCAGUUCAGGAAAGCCUGAAGUUUUUUACAACUAUACAUAGGACACUCUUCACUUGGGAGAUUUUAAGACAAGUUUGUUUUCCUCUGAUUUUCGCCAGUUCACUCUGUCGCAGGAUUCUGCCCUGUCUGCCAACCAGAGAGGAAAACCUUUGAGAUACGCAAUGCCACUUGUGUGUCCAAAAAAAAAAUCCUUACUUUUCUGUUUUGCCACUCAAAAGCCGCAAGUAUUUAUAAUAAAAAAAAUUUCAGUUUGUUCCCCCCAGAAGUACUGCAUUUGGGAUUUUAAUACAUGAAUUUAAAUGUUAUUCAUGAAAGUCAGUCAGAAUAUAUGAACAAUUAUUUUUCUUCAAUUGGUUAUAUUUGCUUAUUGAUUUUGUUUCCCGAGAGGGCAUAUCAUAAUGAGCUCUGAUUUGAUUGUUACUGCUUGUACUGUUGAACAAUUGGGAAAUAAACAAUCAAUUGACGUCUCACAAAUAAACAACAGCUCAUGAA